UGGCGCUUCGAUCGCCGUGUCGGAGGUGUUUCCCGACUAAAUGAUUAGUCGUCUGAAUAUAUGGGAUGAUUGCACGGAAUCUUUUUUCUAAUAAAAGUGUUGUGUUUGUCCGAAUUUGUUGAUUGCGUUUAUUUUCGUUCUGGAGUAAAUGGAAGAAGUAGAUAAUAUCGUGAUUCACACGCUUCGACAGAUCGGCUGUGAUAUAGAAGAUGAAGUCAGCAGCUUGAAAGAAUUUAACACAGAAUUGGUAAUUGAGGGGGUCGUGAGAUGUCUGCAGCAAAUCAAUUCCUCUCUGGAUUUGCCGAGGCAUGUUCCGCCAAGCAUGGCGGCUCGAUAUCGACUGGGCACGGCUUUAGCUACAAAUUGUACGGAACUUGGAUAUAAUGGCGAAAUUGGAUAUCAAACUUUUCUUUAUUCUAAUGAAACUGAACUUAGAAGAAUAUUUGUCUUCCUGAUUGAAAAGUUACCAAAAGAAAGUGAAAAAGUUUCUGAGGAACCAAUAGGCAAGGCAGCACUCAUCAGUCGAGCCAUCGAGGCAGAACUAUCUCGUCUGUUAAAAUUACCUUGGCUUCCUAAUUAUUGUAAAACUAAUGGUAUUCGUUGGAACGAUCAUAAUUUAUGGCAUUAUGAGGGAUAUCCAAAUGCCAUGCCAUUUCACACUUCUAAGUUGAUUGGUCCUCGUGAGAAUUAUUUCAAAUUGUCUAAAGGAUUAAAACAGUAUUACAACAAGUAUGUUCCGUUAGUAACCAAACAAGUGCCUUUACCCCAUCAACUUGUACCUUCUGUCUUUGAAAAUAAUACUUUAUCUGUGGUGUAUUCAUUAGAAUGGGAUAAUGAAUGGAAUCAAAAUGGAUUACCAUCCAGAUUGACAGAACAGGAAUAUAGAAAAAGGAAAGCAGAUAGGUUGCAAAAGCGAAUUGCCGAGCAGUUGAGACACUCCGUACAAAGUGCGGAAGCCAUAAUUCAAGAAAUGAGUAAUUUUAAAGCACUGGCAACGUCUGAGAAGAAAAAUUUAAGACAGAAGGGAUCGAGAUUCACCCAUUCGGAAAAACUGCAAUUUACGCAGGAUGAAAUAUCAAACGAUCAGUCAAAAAGCAUUGCUCCGGUUGUGAGCUCGGAAGAGGAAGUGAAGAAGAGUCAAGAAGAGCAGAUUUCGGAUCUUAGGAACAGAGUCGACGAACUGACAGAAACGUUGGAGCAGAAGGAAAUAGACGCAAAACAUCUCAAUGCAUCCAUUCAACAGAUAGCAGAACAAAUCAUUUCCCAAGAAAAGAAAAUUGAAGAAUUUCAGGAAGCGUACCGAGUGAAGAAGCGCACGUUCGACCUCUUGCCGGAUGCGGACAACAACCUGCAGAAACUCCAGACGAUGGUCGAGGCGAACGGCCAGAAACUGGUGUCUCUGGCUGGCCAGUGGGAGAGUCACCGGGCUCCUCUUGUAGAAGAAUAUCGCCAGUUAAAAGAACUCAGCUCCCAAAGGCUAAGCGAAACGCAACGAAAACUGGAAGAAAUAAAAAUAAUUCAGGAAAAAGUGAAAGAAAUCAAAGACGAUGUGCAUAAUAAAGAAGAGCUUCAUAAACAGUUGAUAAAUGAAUAUGAAAGAAUAUCUAAAGAUGUCAAUCGUUCCUCGUAUACCAGGAGAAUCAUAGAGAUUGUUGGAAACAUCAAAAAGCAGAAGGCAGAAAUAGACAAGGUUUUGUGUGAUACGAAAGUGGUGCAGAAAGAAAUCAAUCAGCUGGCUGGAAAAUUAGACAGGACUUUCACCGUGACGGACGAACUCAUAUUCAAGGAUGCAAAGAAAGACGAAGGGGUCAGAAGAGCGUACAAACAUCUUGCUGCCUUACACGAGAAUUGUAGCCAGCUAAUGCAGACAGUAGAGGAGACUGGUGCUAUCAUGAGAGAAAUUAGAGAUUUAGAAGAUCAGAUCGAACAAGAGAGCCAAAAGAAAGUGGCUGCAAAUUUGGAGAGAAUUACAGCAGACUACAAACAGAUGAAACAGGAAAACGAGACACUGAUGAGCCAGUUAAAGGAACACUGAUAGGCGGAUUCGGUUUAAGGGGACUUGUC